AUGUCGGGGAAAAAGGCUACGGAGAAGAUCUCCGAGAUUGAUGCACAUAUCAACAAACAAUACGACAUUGUGCGACGUCUCGGCAAAGGGGCUUAUGGUAUAGUAUGGAAGGCAAUCGAAAAGAAAAGGAAGGACACCGUCGCGGUGAAGAAGAUCUUUGACGCCUUCAGAAAUCAGACGGAUGCGCAACGUACGUUUCGCGAGAUUAUGUUCUUACUGUCGUUCGCCAAUCACGAGAACAUUAUAAAGCUGAUCGGACUGCAUAAGGCGGACAACGAUCGGGACAUUUACCUCGUUUUCGAGUACAUGGAAACCGAUCUCCACAACGUCAUUAAGCGGGGCAACAUCCUCAAGGACAUCCAUAAGGUCUUCAUUAUGUACCAACUUUUUAAGGCGAUCAAGUACAUACACUCAGGCAACGUUAUCCACCGAGACUUGAAGCCGUCCAAUGUUCUUUUAAAUGCGCAAUGCCAUUGUAAGAUUGCGGAUUUUGGUCUGGCACGCUCGGUUACACAGAUCGGCGAAGGUGAUGGUGAGACAGGAAAUGAUCCAACUUUGACGGAUUACGUCGCUACACGGUGGUAUCGCGCACCAGAGAUUCUGAUAGCUUCAAAGAGAUAUACAAAGGGGAUAGAUAUGUGGUCUUUAGGUUGCAUUCUCGGCGAAAUGUUACUUGGGAAGCCACUCUUUCCCGGUUCAUCAACAAUAAAUCAAGUUGAGAGAAUAAUGGUAACGUUACCUCCACCGACAGACGAAGAUCUAAUAUCGGUCAGCGCCGGUUAUGGAACUAAUUUAUUAGAAAAAACACCCAACAGACCCAGAAGAACUUUAAAAGAUUUGUUGCCAGAAGUGUCAGAGAAAGCUUUGGACCUUAUCAGCAAUUUGAUAGUUUUCAAUCCCACGCAACGGUUUACAGCAGUCGAAGCACUAGAGCAUUCAUAUGUCGCCGAUUUUCAUAGGAGAGGAAACGAACCGGAAAGGGGUUCCAGUGUCAUACCAUUGUUGAGUGAUGAUGUGCAACUCUCAGUCGACGAAUAUAGAAAUAAGCUGUAUGCGAUGAUGGACGAAAAACAUCGGAAACAUAAAAAUAUGUCAAAAUCCAGACUGCGGCGAUUGUCUGAAAGCAUUAGAAAGGAAACCAGAAACAGUAGCAGUAACCCGGUGAUCGGCCAAGGUGAUACGAUUGUCGCGUGCUCGUCAUUGCCAAGCAAAAAGACAAUCAGGCCAUCUCAGAGUGAUACUCCGCGAGGCGUUACAAGACCACAGACGAUGAACAAUCCCAUAGAUCCGCCACAGAAGACCUUAACAAACACCCGGCAUAAUGUUAAAAAUGUGGCGACACAGUACGCAUGUAACUUGACGAACGGAAACAUACCUCCAGCAGCGGCCAAAAGUUGCUUCUACUUUAAUCAGCAGCAGCUGUCGAAAUCCCAGCGUUCCAUUCAAUCAGAUCAGAUGGUCAUGUACGGUGUCAGAGGCCGAUCAAACCAAUUAACAACAACAGCACAACGCACCAAACCGCGAAGAGUCAGCAGACAACAAACACAGGCGCCAAGGCCCUUCACCUCGGCAUCUGAUUGUCGUGGCGACAAUCAUUGGUCUAAAAAGAUGCCGACGAAGCUGAUCAGGAUCAGCAACAGUCCGAAUAUUAAACAACCCAACAACGUUGCAAAGACUGUCAUCAGAACCAUGGACAUCAGGACCACAGGGGUUAGCAGUCCGGAAUCGUCAUGUAUCGGCCACCAGUCCCAGACCAUCCGCAACUAUUUCAAUAAGGUGCCGUUGCUGACUCAGCAGCAACCUCAAGUGCGGAAUCGCACCUCUUGUCGCGGUAGGGACAACUUCAUCAACAAAUCAUUCGCCGUGGAUACUGUGACAACCAACAAUUGUUUUAAAAAUGCGGCGCGCGGACAGGGCAGCAGAUUACACGCGAAGCACAGCUUCGAUGUCAACUACGUCAGUCAGAAGAGACCGUCGACAACGUGCAACAAAUCGAGGUUUCUGAACAGUCAGAGUCAUGGCAUAAUAGCAGAAUCGGUUUACAAGGAUCUCUGUAAUGGGACUAUAGGAUGGUGA